AUGGCUGAGGAAACCCCGCUAAUUCCUGUAAAGCCCAAUUCGAUUAGCAGCCUAUCAGAAGCGGUCAGGCAUGGUCUUCAAGAAUCUAGAGCUAGCAGCACAAUCAAUGAAUUCGAUGCAAUCAAGAUAAAUAUCAAUAUCGAUGCCAGACUCGAUAAGAUGAUCAUGCUUUCUACGUACCGUCGGUAUUUCGAAGGGAUCCAAUUGAAACCAAAGAUGCAGAUAAUGGGAAACUCAAUCAUCAAAAUGAGAUGA